AUGGGCCUAAGGCAACUGGACUUCGAUCAAUGGAUUGAGCUGGACAAUCAUUAUCCGAAAUUUCACGCUGAUAAGACACGCAGGCUCGAGGAAAGGGCGGAAAAAUGCGUCCAUACCCAUCCUGAUGCCUACCCCGCAGCGAUAGAGCUUCUCGAAGAACUUACCGACUAUCUUCCGGCUCGAUAUCCUAGCAUGUUCAAACGCACGGCGGUUGGCAUCGACAAUAUGUGGUCUAACGAAUCCUUCAACAUUAUCGAGAGGCCUCUCAAAGAAAACCCAAUGGCGAUAUGCGCUCGCCUUGUACAAGAUGACUUGGCCCUCAUGAUUGAGCGGCCUGACGGACAGUAUUAUCUUCUUGGUGGCGCCGUACUGUUGGCUGGCUUCUGGAGACUCACGGACAAAUUGGGAAUGCCUCUUUCUGAGAUUCACACCUCCGGCGAUGUUCCGCACUACAAAGAGAAGCUCGAGACUGGAAUGAUGAAGUUCUUUACGCGCUUACGCCCCGAGACAAUGUACUGUCGCAACAACUACUUUCUUCAAGUCGACGACAAUCUCCCGUGGAGCGUUAGCAUCGGAGAGGAAGACGCACCGGUGGUCAGCUGGAGCACAGCAGAGAAGGAUAAGGCCAUCGCCCACCACUGGUUCAGAUCGGAGAGGCAGUCCCUUCGGCGAUUGCCCAAGACGGGUGCCGUUGUCUUCACCAUUAGAACGUAUUUCCACCCCAUAACCGAAAUCUGUCAGGAAGACUAUGUCCCCGGGCGGCUGGCAAGCGGCAUCCGCAGUUGGGACGGCACAGUUGCAAAGUAUAAAGGCCGGGAGAAGUAUGAGAAGGUCUUAUUGGAGUACUUGGACAGGGAGCACCAGAGACAGUUGGACCGUGGGCUAGAUCUGUCUAAAGAAGGCGAAGUUCAUCAAUAUCCGUUUUAG